AUGGAAUCAAAAUCCUUGCAAGCAGAUCGACCUCAUUGUCCCAGGAAUACCUACCUAGGUAGGCGAUUGGCACGUAGAUUUUACAUCACACAUCAAAUGUUAUCUCCGGCAUUGCCAACUCAAGAUGCCCUUCCCCAUUUCCCACAAUUUGUCAUGACAAGCACUGCCAUAAAUCUGCAAAUACGACAGAAUGACAGCCUCUGUUGUCAAAUAUGCCCCUCUGGCUCACCCACAGCAUCCUGCAGCCAGUUUAGCCAUGUCGUUUCAGUGACGAUAGGUGAGGCUUCAGGUCAGAAGCAAGGCCAAAGUUAA